AUGAAGCAUGGCAAUCCAGUGGUAGUUACCCCCCAUUUGCUUGAUGGUUUGCCCCUUAAAGUGGUUUUUGAACUCAAGAAUGAGAAUGCACUUUUGAAGGCCAUGGAUUUUGGGUUGUCCAUUUUCAUUGAAGAAGGGAAGGUGUACUGGGGUAUAGUUGGGAGUGCUUAUUAUGUUGCACCUGAAGGAUUACGACGGAGAUAUGAAAUAGAUACUUGGAGUGCAGGAGUUAUCUUGUAUAUAUUACUCAGUGGCGUACCUCCAUUUUGGGCUGAGACGGAGAAGUGGAUUUUUUAUGCUAUUUUGCAAGGGGAAAUUGACUUAGAAAGCAAGCCAUGGCCAUCUAUUUCAAGCAGUGCCAAGGACCUGGUCCGCAAGAUGCUAACACAGGACCCAUAG